AUGCCUUUCUUAUUUGAGAGCAACGACGUGCACAACCUGCUCGAUAAGAAGCGACUUGUGCUAAUGGGAUGUUCAAAUGUGAGGGCCAUCUACAAGGACCUGAUUUGUUUACAUCAGUACAACGAGUUCAUAUCGAACGAAAUUUUAAGGCAGAAGAUGGAGAAUAGUUGCUUCGGUGACAACCUUGUAAAGCACGGAAUAAAACACAACGGCCGCGACUACCUAGAAGAAAGGCUUUACAGGAAAGACAGGACGUCCGUUUCCUUCUACUUCCUCACGAAAAUCUACAGUGGUUACGUUGAACGUAUCCUGGCGGAUAUGGCCAUUGACAGUGCUCCUGACGUCAUCAUCGCCUCAUCCUGCCUUUGGGACAUCACACGUUGGGGUCCAAACGGCGUUGAGGAGUACAAGGCCAACCUCCACCUGUUCUUCGGCCACCUGAACAGAAUACUGCCCUCUACAUCGCUGGUCAUCUGGCUGACAGCAGCCCCCUUGGCUCAGGAUGUCCGCGGUGGAUUCCUCAUCCCGCAGCUAGACUUCCUCAAGUACUCCCUCCGAUUCCACGUCCUCGAGGCUAACGCCUUCUGCAGGAAGACGGCUGACAGGUAUGGCAUCGAUGUCAUCGACAUUCACUACCACCUGCGCAUGUUCCUCGAGUAUCGCGCAGAAGACGGCAUCCACUGGCUUCCAAAGGGUGUGCGACUCUGCACAAAUCUCGUCCUGACGCACAUUGCCCUCUCGUGGGGUUCCAAUGGGUCGCCUUGCCUCGUCAACUGGUUCGUGUGGUGCAGGCGAGUCAAACUGACCCGCUGCAACUUUAAUCACUGGCUCCUCUGCAGGGGAAACAACGAUGUCAACGAGGCUCCACCGUCCCAGCGACCAAAAGCACAACGGGGAAACUGGAGGGCCUCGACGCUAUUUCAGGCCACGAAAGAACUGGUGGCGAAGGACAUGGCUGCGUGGAAAGCGUCACGCUGCUGCCAAGGCCAGCCGAGCCCAACAGUCUGA